UGGAACGUCUUCCCUUCAUUCUGUGCUGACAUUUCCCUCUCUCUGUGCAGUGGUGGGACUCACUCCAAAGCCGUGCUGGUGGCGGAGGAUGGGCGGAUCCUGUGUGAGACGGAGGGCCCCUGCACCAAUCACUGGCUGGUUGGCACAGAGCGGUGCUUGGAAGCCAUCUAUACCAUGGUCACCGAGGCCAAGGAGAAGGCAGGGCUGGACACCCAGGUCCCCAUCCGAUGUCUGGGCAUGUCUCUGAGUGGCGGGGAGCAGAAAGAGGCCAUCAAUAAACUCAUCGAAGAGCUCAACCAGCGCUACCCUCGGCUCAGCGACAAUUACUACAUCUGCAACGACGCCCUAGGUGCCAUGGCAACCGCGACAAAACUGGGUGGAGUGGUCCUGAUCUCUGGGACUGGUUCCAACUGCAAACUGGUGAAUCCUGAUGGCACUGUAACUGGCUGUGGUGGAUGGGGGCACCUAAUGGGAGACGAAGGAUCAGCAUACUGGAUAUCCCACCGAGCGAUGAAAACUGUGUUUGACGCCAUUGACAACCUGGUGGUACCACCUUGCGACAUCAGUUACGUGCAGGAAGCCAUGUUUACAUAUUUCCAGGUGUCUAAUCGGCUUGGUAUUCUCACCCACCUCUACCGCACCUUUGAGAAGUCCAAGAUAGCCGGAUUCUGCGUGAAGUUGGCAGAAGGAGCCAACAAGGGGGAUGCUUUGUGCCGCUGGGUGUUUCGGAGCGCUGGGGAGGUCCUGGCCAGUCACGUUGUUGCUGUACUUCCUAAAGUCGACAAGGUCUUAUUCCAAGGAGAACUGGGUCUACCGGUGCUGGCCGAGGGCUCUGUGUGGAACAGUUGGAACCUCCUGAAAGAUGGUUUUAUCCAGGUCCUGGACAAAGCCCGGAGCAGCCAACAUGGCAACAGUCUGUUGCGGUUCAGCCUCUUGAGGCUCAAGCAGUCGUCGGCUGUGGGCGGAGCCUGUCUGGGAGCCAAGAACAUCGGGCAAGAUCUGCCUCUUAACUACCAAGAUAAUGUGGAUGUCUUCUACACCCAUUCCUUCACGUAG